ACCUCUUCAGAAAACAGAAACUGGGUACAGGGAGCCGUCUCCAGCCCGGAGCAGGGAUGGCCGGCAAACACUCGGAAGGCAUGGAGCUGUUCGUCAGUCCAAAGGACAUCCAGAGAGGCCGGCGGCGGAGAGCGGGGCGACCGCAUGCUGGUUACCAGUCUGAGGGAGCUGGUGCAGCCGCUGCUUCUGAGUGGCAUGUCACAUCGUCCCAGACGACGAACGAGGAGCUGCUAGACACGCACACCUACCUCUCAGACCACGGUCUGCCCAGCGAACGGGCUCGCAUCGCGGCCAGCAAUCGCUACAGAGAACUGCAGCAAAGCGGGGAACAAGAAAACUUUGCUAGCACCGAGAGAACGCCUCUGUUGAGCUCCCAGAUGAAGGAGACGGUGUUGGGUAACACGCUGGAGCCAGGGACUCCUGUGCUGGUUCGAGUUGAGCCCGCCGAGGAGAAGAUGACGGACGGUGUAGCUGACAGUCUAGCUCACGAAGCACUGGUUCAUCAUAAGACCAACGAUCUGAGGGGUGGUGGGGGAGAGAGCCUCAGGGACGAGAGGAAGAGACUGAAACGAGAGAAAUACUACAGAGUUGGUCGUUUUCUGAGAGUAGCUGUACUCACUUCAGUCCUCCUAGUCUCUAUGAUACUGUUCUCUAUAAAUGAUGAACCAGUAAGUAUGCUUCAGAUAGUCUCAGCAAUCAGCAACACAACCAUGUCUCUUAAAUUUCCAGACAGUGAGGACUGGGAGCAUGCAGUUCUCUCUCUCAACGGACCGUUUAAAGACGUGUCGUUCAGGAAUGGGACUCAGGACAACUGUGAGGAUUUUCUGUGUUUUUGCAGCCCUCGCAUUGAAGAGGGAAUGACAUGCGAGGAAACAUGCAGCUCUGACCACUGUCACUCAGUGAGAGUGCUCAACUUCAGCCUGUCCGACCCUCCCUUCUUCCAGUCCUCUGAUGUCAUCAACAGAGACAUACAAAUCUCUCAUGGAGACAGAGGGGGGCAGUUUGAACUCGGAUUUCUCUGUGGUCAUGACAUCUCGUUCGAGGUCUCCGUCAGGGGAGAGCUCCUCAGUAACGGUAUGCAGGUGGUAGUGGCUACAAGUAUCCUGGUCGGAGUCUAUCUUCUCAUCACUUUUGACAUUAUUCAUCGAACUCUGGCUGCCUUCAUGGGCAGUACUGCCACCAUAGCCGCACUCUCCAUGUUACACAAGAGACCAACUCUCUACGAGGUGGUAGAGUGGGUGGAUCUUGAUACCAUCUGUCUCCUCUUUGGAAUGAUGACCCUCGUGGCCAUCUUCUCUCAAACUGGAUUCUUCGACUACUCUGCCGUCAAGGCGUACAAGUUAGCCAAAGGGAAAAUUGGACCACUGAUCACAAUCCUCUGUCUCUUAUCAGCAGUCGUGUCGGCAUUUCUUGACAACGUGACCACCAUUUUAUUACUAACUCCAGUCUCCAUAAGGUUAUGUCAGGUCCUCAACGUUGACCCUCUCCCUGUCCUGAUUGCCGAGGUCGUCUUCUCUAACAUCGGUGGCACGGCAACCGCGGUGGGGGAUCCCCCCAAUGUCAUCAUAGUCUCAAACAAACUCAUUCAAUCUCAAGGUAUAGGUUUCGCAGAAUUCACUCUCCACCUCUCGCUGGGGAUACUGCUGUGUAUGGUUGUGGCCUACGCGGUCCUGGCCUGCAUCUACUGCACGUGUGUCCGUCUCCCGAACAAAGACCGCCCGCACAUCGCGGAGCUGAAGAGGGAGAUUGCCAUCUGGGAGCGGACGGCGUUGCAGAUGCCAGUGGUGUCACUGGAGGAGACUGCGGUGAGGGACGCUCUCAGGACGAAGGCCAGCGAAGUCAGGAACCAGCUGCACAGAGAGGAGCUACUCAGUGUUCAGAGCGCCACGGACAUGUGGCAGACCAACCUGGCUCAACUGGAGAAACAGUACCGCAUCACUGACCCCGUCCUCCUGGUCAAGUCGGCCUCUGUGCUGGCCGUCGUUAUUCUCCUCUUCUUCCUCGCCAGCGUCAUACCCGGAAUAGAGCUGAAGCUAGGCUGGAUUGCCAUAUUUGGAGCUGUAGUCCUCCUGAUAUUGGCAGACACUCAAAACCUAGACCCCAUCCUCCACAAGAUAGAAUGGUCAACUCUCCUCUUCUUUGCCGGACUCUUCGUCCUCAUGGAGGGUUUGCAGGAGCUGGGGUUGAUACAGUACAUAGGGGACCAGAUGGUGAGUAUGAUAAAGAUGGUUCCUCCGGAGAACCAGAUGGUGGUGGCUCUUAUUGUGGUGGUGUGGGUGUCUGCGUUGGCGUCUUCUUUCAUUGACAACAUCCCCUUCACCACCGCUACUAUCCCGGUGAUUGUGGAGCUGGCAGAGAAUCCGGAGCUGUGUCUCUCUCUCCGACCUCUGGUCUGGGCGCUGGCCUUCGGAGCCUGUCUCGGGGGGAACGGUACUCUAAUUGGAGCCUCCGCCAAUGUCGUGUGCGCCGGGAUUGCCGAGCAGAACGGAUACAAGAUCUCCUUCGUCAAGUUCUUCAGUAUUGGGUUUCCAAUGAUGCUGGCCACCACAAUGACAGCUAUGAUCUACCUCCUCAUAUCUCACGAGGCUCUGCAAUGGAACAUUGACUCUUCCUGCUCAUCAUGACCAUGACCACCUCUUACCUAAUGUGUGUUUCUGGUGUGUUUUACGUUUGUUUGUUUACAAUACCCAUUUUAACAUGAAAAUCAAGGCAAGGUGAUAUUUAUUUAUACCCACAGUUCAAAAUUUUGAUCACUUUAUGUACCACAUACCAAAAAUGUGUACGUCAGAGUUUUAAAAUCAUAUAAUUAUAGUGUUUUGUUUGUCUUCGAGUGUAUAUUUAUUUAUUGACAAUGUGCAAGCAUUUUGACUUCCGCAUGCACUUAAACUGCGAUGAUGCAAUAAUUUAAUGUGAAAUUUAACGUGAUCGAACACAAAUUUAAAAUACAUCAGACUGGAAACACAAAACUCAUGGUAUUACGACCAAACCUCAUAUCAAACAGUAGAGUGAGCUGACGUGCCUGUCACCCCACCCCUUACUCCACCGGUGGUUGAUAUGGCAACAGGCCCCGCCCCCUCCUUUGAGUCACUCGAACCAAACAUCUCUUCUUCGUGGACGGCACUUAGUCCUACAGCCGACUGUCUCUUUAUGCUCCCUCUCCUCCCUCCUCCAUCUCUUGAGCCUCUCCUUGUGGCCGUCUUCUCUAUCCCCGACUCACUCAUUCUCUUCCUCAUGCCCCUGUCAUUAGCGAGAACAUCGCCCGGGCAACUAUUCUCUCCCUCGACAGCUGCAUUGUAACUGUCAUGCCGCGACACCAAUCGCCCGGACACUGUGAAAUUUCUCGGGAGUGAAGAGGUGGGUGGAAGUGUGUGGGUGCGGCCACGGGGCAGGUUGGAACUAAACGCAGGGCACGAACCCUGAUGGUUGUAUAUGGCUGAGCUGCUAGCUGAAUGCGCACAGUCCCUCUCCAGUGACCCACCACCGCCAGUGGUACAAUACCGCCCUCUCCGGAGUGACGCACUGGGACUGUCUCCGAAAGAGAAAGAGUUAGUCUCGGAGCUCCGUAGCCUUCCGAGUGACGAGAGAAGCUGUCGCGGGGCGAGAGGACUCCUUCGAUGGAGUUCCGCCGCACGAGGCUCUUGAGGGAGUGGCUGGAGGUGUCUCGAGGGAUUGAGAAUGAGAGGGGAGGGGAGUCCGUCACGGCGAGGCCACCCGACGCAGAGAUGAUGGGGAAAGUUGCAGACCUGCUCGAUUCGUCGCCAUCUCUGGUGGUAUUCCUCGAAACUCUCAGACACCUUCUGCAUGUUGUUACUGUGGUGGAGAGAGAGAAGUUGAAAUUCUGAAAUCUGUGUAAAGUUCACAAAUGGUAGGAAAUAGGUUUUGGUAGUUUCAGUUUAGUUUCACAAAAUGUCAGAACACAUUUGGUCUGGCGAAAUUUUGAUGCAUUUUCCACCAGAAAAGAGAAGGUUGUGUACUAUGUGGGUGAU